UUUCUUUUUUUGACUUUUUCUCGAGAAUUUUAUUCUUAUUUUUCCCCAUUUUUUGCUCAUCCUUUUUCCUCUUAAAAGUAUUUUUAAAAAACUAAAAAUCUGAUUUUCUUUUUUUCUUUUUUUCCUUUUCGGCGACUUUUCUUUUUGUCCUUUUUUUACAAAUAAAUUUAUUUUUAUUUAUUUUCGUGUCCUCAUCUGUUGGCAUUUGUUUUUCUUUUAACAAUUUGGAUUUAUUUAAAAGCUAACCAAGAUUUGUUAAAAAUACAUAUUAUUUGUAGAUAUUUUUGUGGGUUUAGUAAUAAUUAAAAAAAUUUUUUUUGAUUAUUAUACUAAUAUAUAAUACAUACAUCGUUUAAUCUUAGAAAUAUUUUUAGCUCAAUUAAAAAAGCAACUCUUAUUAAAAAAAUGCCUUGUAAUUCUUGUAUUCCUCCCCCACCUAUUUUUGAUAUUCCCCCACCUCCAGAUCCUUCUCUUAUUUUACAUUUAUUAAUUGAAGAUAUUCAACAACAACAACAUUCAUUACGUCCCCAACAAUUUUAUUCUUGUUUAAAACCUUCACCAUUUCCUUCUUUUUUAUCCAAACUUUUAUUUGGUGCGGAUUGGCUAUUACCUUUUUUGGCUAUUUUUCUUUUUUGUAUUUUCACAAUAUUUGUUGGAUUAAUUAUUUUAAUUAGAAAAAGAAGAAAAAAAAGAGAAGAAGAGGAAAUGAGGAGAAGAAGAACACAAAAUAAUGGAGGAGGGGAAAAGAAGAAAAAAUUAAAUAGAAAAAGGUAG